CACUCACAAUAGGAGAAAAGGGAGUCUUGGGUUCUAGAGAAACAAGCAAAUCAGGGAAACAAAAUGGCAGGCAGAUUGAGCGACGUAGCGUCUAGAAUCAUGGGCGGAAACGGCGUCGUUGGCCGCUCCGUCGCCUCCUCUCUUCGCCUUCGGUCCGGUAUGGGCCUCCCUGUCGGAAAACACAUCGUCCCCGACAAACCUCUUCAUGUUAACGAUGAGCUGGUUUGGGACAACGGGACCGCAUUUCCCGAGCCCUGUAUAGAUCGCAUUGCGGAUACAGUUGGAAAGUAUGAAGCAUUGGCUUGGAUGUGCGGGGGUUUGGGAUUUUUCGUGUCUCUGGGAUUGUUGGCCGUGUGGAACGAUAAAGCCUCUAAGACACCAUUUGCACCAAAAGUGCUUCCAUACGACAAUCUACGAGUGGAGCUUGGUGGUGAACCGUAGUUAGAGCUAUGGGCAACUAAUUGAACAGUUAUUGUUGUUCAGUUAUGUGUCUCCUUUUGUUUAUUGGCAUGCUAGGUGUGAACGGUGAAAAUAAUGCACCAUGUUUAUGUGUCGGCAAAACAAACAUCUUCAAACAAAUAGCAAAACAUGGUUUUGUUUGUUUCCCUUCUAUGUUGAUUCUGAUGACAAGAUGCAUAAAUUCAUGUUUUGUUUUGUGUUUA